AUGGCUCAUACACUCUGACCAACUCAGCUGCCUGGGAGGUUACUGUUGUGGACUAGCCUAUAUUUUACCAUUGAAUCUUGAAUACGCUAAAACCUUUAUGCAUUUCGUCCAGAAAGAUAGUUUGGUUUCCUAAUCCUAAUCCGAAAACAGCGCUUCAGGACAGCGUCUACAUAAACUCAGUUUAUAAACGUCAAGGUCUGACCAUACGAACAGAGCGCAGGUCUUCAUUCACAUGUUGAAGAAUGAGGUGCAAGUGGACAUACGCUGUUGUGUUCAUUCACUCAAACUAACUACAGUGACCAACCGCGCUGAAGAUCUGACGGGUUUUGGAAUGAGAAGUGAACAUUCAAAGGACCUGUAAUUUGUCUAGUUGUUUUCUUUCCUCGUAAAUCGCAAGAAAGGAUGUGCUAGAGAUGAACGCUUUAUCAGCCUGGACUAUUGACAGUCAGCGAGCGCAUUAAACCGGCUUCUUAGUGUUUCCUCUAAUAAUUAUGUACAUGUAGGUAACUGUGACUCUUUGAAUGACUUUGUCAUUCCUUGCACUGCGGUCGUUUAGAUCUGUCUUCAUCUUUUGUACAGUAAAAGAAACAUAAUUUAAAGAGAACAAAUUCCGUGCGUGGGAUAUUCAAGGAAAAUCUGAAGGGUCGCGAACUUCUUCAUCACCGGAACGCUGCAUCGAAGGGGGCUGCGAUUGAAAGUUUCAGAAAUGCCGCAGGUGGAGAUGUUUUAUUUUGUGUUGAUCAGCCUGUGGAUGUCUGUGUUGGGCCUGGAACCGGCGUCUAAGGUUGUGGCGGAUCGCUACGCUGUCUACUGGAACCGAACAAACCCAAGGUUCUACCGAGGAGACUACCACAUUGAUGUAUGCAUUAACGAUUAUUUGGACGUAUACUGUCCCCACUACAUUGACACGGUCCCUGAGGAGAAAACGGAGCACUACGUCCUCUACAUGGUCAACUACGACGGCUACAGCUCUUGCGACCACACGGCGAAAGGUUUCAAGCGUUGGGAGUGCAACCGGCCCCACUCGCCCAACGGUCCGCUGAAGUUCUCUGAGAAGUUUCAGCUUUUCACACCAUUCUCACUGGGAUUUGAAUUUCGGCCAGGCAGAGAAUAUUACUAUAUCUCAUCUACAGUCAGUGAAAAUGGGAGACGGAGCUGCUUGAGGCUGAAAGUUUUUGUCAGACCUUCAAACAACUGCGAGAAGAGUCAUGACCGCGUUGUAAAGGUCAAUGAUGGAAGCAUUAACUCUAUAGAAGAUAAUAAUGACGGAACGAGUCACGAAUCUGCAGAACCAUCCCGAGGUGAUGUCAACGGCGCCGGAUGCAUUCAGACUGUAGGGCCCUUGUUGGCCUCAGCGCUGGUUCUUUUGGCUUCCCUCUCCUCCUUAUAGCAUCCCGCACAUACGCGGUGACACACCUGAAAUACACAGGAGGACUCGUGAUCGAGCACUUUUAAGAAACAUUGAGAUCUUUCUCUCCGCUGAAAAGUAGUUUCUCGCAUAGGAAGACGUUCAUCCAUUGGCGAUAUAACUGGAUGGUUUUCAAUGAACAAAAGCCCCACCC